CGGAUGGGGGUCCUGCUGCGACCUUGCCGAUGCGAACAUCACAAAACCCACAUCUUCAGAGGCCAACUCAAUGUUCACGCUUGUGUACACCCGUCAACAUGCACGGCGCGGUCAGUACCCGAUACAUUUGCCACAGCCACACGAGAUUGACCUUCAUAUGCGGUUAAUCACUUUUGUACCGCCGUACCCACGAUCAUGACCCCCAGGUCCUACUUCCAGUAUCUCCCCCCUCUCGCCUCCUGAAUCUCAUCCAAGCUCGCCGGUUUCUUGAAGACCGGGUUGCAACUCUAGAUGUCGCCUUACCUUGGAGUUGAGAGAAGUGACAAGGGCACUAACGGAUCCUCAAAUGUCAACACACUACUGGCCGGCACUCGGUCAGCCCUUGAACAGCUACUGGCCAAGGCCCAGGACAACCUUCCCGAGGAAUGUCUACCUCACAUAGCCAAAGUCGAUUUCUCGACCGCCAACACAGGAAGCCCAUACUUUCCGAGUCCACUCAAGCAGACCGAGGCUAUAUCAGCAUUGAAGGCGGUUGAAGCAGGAGUCGCUUCAGCGAUAGCUGACCUCUCAGGUGGCUCAAAAGCACGGAUCAUCAAUGUAGAUCUAGAAAGGGCGACUGCAUUCUUAUUAUCGACCUAUCUAGCAACUGUAGGAGGCCUGGACAAGUCGGAUCCAAAGGUCAAAAAGCUGCUUAAAGACACCGAUCUUCUCCAAGCACAGUCUAUCCUCUAUCGAAGAUUGUCUGCUAAUCUCUACCAAACCAAGAACCCCGGAGAGUUCUUCCACCUCCAUGGCUCUCUGGAAGCGACGAAAGCGCUGAAUAUGAUCGGGCUAGAGGGUCAUCGACCCGAUCUUACUGACUACCACGAAUGCAUCAAAGUUAUCGAGGACCACGUCAAGCAAUUCACUGCAAAUGAGCUCGAGGAGAUGAACGGGAAGAUUCAGCAAGCUGGUGUCACUUGUAUGAAGUGGGAGGACUUCCAAGCGACACGGCAUGGACAAGAACUUCUCGCACAGCCACCCUGGAAAGUAGAGUCCCUCGAAACUCAAACACCAGCAGUUUCUUUCCCAUUUAAAACUUCACGGGCCCCAAAACCACAGAUCCUCUCCGGUAUUCGCGUCCUUGAACUUUGUAGGAUCAUCGCAGGGCCAGCCAUGGGUCGUGGGCUUGCUGAAUAUGGGGCUGAAGUUAUCAAGGUCACUUCACCAAACCUCUCAGACGUACCCUUCUUCCAAGUCGACGCCAACAUAGGGAAACACACCACCGAUUUGAACCUGAAAGAUCCAAAUGACCGGAAGAUCUUCGAGCAGCUACUCCUCUCUGCAGACGUUGUACUAGAUGGCUAUCGACCAGGAAGCCUAACGCGUCUCGGCUAUGGACCAAACCAACUUAUUGAGAUUGCGCAGAAACGUGGUCGAGGCUUUGUUUACGUUGCCGAGAACUGCUUUGGGCACACUGGCCCUUGGUCGUCGCGGCCUGGCUGGCAACAGAUUGCAGACUGCGUCACUGGCGUUGCCUGGGCUCAAGGUCUGGCCAUGGGUCUGGAUGAGCCUGUCGUACCGCCCUUCCCCAUGAGCGACUACGGAACUGGUUGUAUGGGGACCGUUGCUGCACUUGUUGGCCUAUACAAGCGAGCAAAGUCUGGUGGCAGUUACUUGGGCACUACGUCCUUGGUCCAAUACGAUAUUUACCUACUUCAGCUAGGACUCUACGAUAAUCAGAUAAUAGCAGAGCUAAGAGAGCAGCACGACGAUGAGUUUUUCGAGUUAAGACAUCACGACUCGGUUGACCAAGUUGGAAAGCGCGCAUUGAAAACGAUGCGGAGGACGCAUCCAGAACUGUUCGAAGAUCGGCACAUGCAGCAAUGCUUCAGUAGAGGCUUCAACGCCAAUGUCCGGACGAUACGGCCUGUCGUCACUAUCGAAGGCUACUGGAACGGCUUCCUUCGCAGCUCAAGACCAAACGGGUUCGAUAAGCCGACGUGGGAAGACUGGGAGGUUGAUGAGGAUCUUAUCAAAGCCUGAUCAGGUUGCAGACUUUCCUUUCGCAUGAUUUGCCUCUGCCUACAGCAUUAUACUACAUAUCUUUUAUACCAGCUUUAGUAUAUUGUCUCGAUAGUAUCUUAACGUACUACAAUUCACCAUCAUACCUC